UUUAUAAAGUAGUUUAGCUUUUAUAGCAAACACAUAUAAUAUAUUUCUUUCUUUUCUUUUUUUAUAUAUUUGUAUAAAAUGACCGAAGAGUCGAAAAAGCCUAAAUUACCUUCAAUACAAUUUUUAUUAAAUGAUAAUUAUUCAUCAAACAAGUCUUUAAAGAAACAAGAGUCAAUUCAUAUAUUCAAUACUAAAUUAAAUACAAAUAUAAGUAAUCUUCCUUCUGAACUUCAACAACUUUCUUUAACUGCCCCUACUACAUCUUUUAUACCCUGUAAAAAUCAUACUACUUGGAUGACGGCAACUACUACUACUACUACUACUACUACUACUACUACUACUAGAAGGCCGCCAGGUGCGAGUCAUACUAGAUCUGUUUCACUUACUAAUAGCAUGAUACUACCUCCAAUUUCUUCUUCUUCAAAUAAACUUCAUCAUCAAACUCAUAGACGUUCUGCAUCUGCAAUUACUGCUGCUCCUUCAACUGACUUUUAUAAUAAUUUAUUACUAUUGCCUCAUAUUGAUGAACAUUCACUAGCAGCUAUUGAUAAAGAUAUAGCAUCCAAUGAUAAUCAGCAGCAGCAACCUUCUUCUUCACAACAAAAACUAUUACUAGAUGCAUUAAAUAUUAAUAAAGAGAAUAAUAGGAUUACUAAUGAUGAUAUAAAUAUGAAAGCAGCAGCAGCAGCAGCAGCAGCAGCAACAACAACGAUAACUAUAAAAAAGAAACGGAAUUCUAAAAAUAAUGAAAUCACUCAAAAUCAAGUAAACGAAACUACAAUAAAUCAUGAAAAUAUGAUUAUCACCAGGGAUGAGCAAACUGGAAGAUAUUAUUGCCCCUUUUGUACCAAGGCCUUUAAUCGUCCUUCUUCACUUAAAAUUCACACUUAUUCACAUACAGGUGAAAAACCAUUUAUUUGUCAAGAAGAAGGUUGUGGUAGACAAUUUAGUGUACAGAGUAAUAUGCGUCGACAUCUUCGUGUUCAUAGAUUAGAGAAAUCAAAAAUCAAAUAAAAUCAUGUCAUUUAUUUACUUU